GCAAUACCCUACAAGCAGCAAUCAAACACAAGCAGGCGUGAGGUGACACAGCUUCUCCUGACAUCGACUACUACGAAAAGCACCUCUUCAAGAAAACGUUUAUCAGCUUCUUCUCUAUUUGUUUUAGAAAAUUUUUGGGAUCGUUUUUCCAAAAAGGAGAAUAUUUGACUGGAGCAACUUUUUGGUUCUUUAAAAAAAAAAAUUGGAAAACUUACUUCUUUUUUCAUUUAAACAUGGCACUUCAACAAAACUCAGAAAGGCAGCCCAACAUCGAGUUGUUCAUUAAGGCUGGGCAUGACGGUGAAAACAUUGGGAACUGCCCUUUCUGCCAGAGGCUCUUCAUGGUGCUAUGGCUGAAAGGAGUCAAGUUUACAGUGACCACUGUUGAUAUGAGGAAGAAGCCAGCUGAGCUCAAAGACCUGGCCCCGGGGACAAACCCUCCUUUCCUUCUCUACAAUGGCAUCCUUAAAACAGACUUCAUCAAAAUUGAGGAGUUUCUUGAGCAAACACUGGCCCCUCCCCGGUAUCCCCAUCUCAGCCCGGUGAACAAAGAGUCCUUUGACGUGGGUUCUGACAUUUUUGCAAAGUUUUCCGCUUUCAUCAAGAACACCCCAAACAAUGCCACACAAGAAAAGAUUCUCCUGAGGGAGUUUCGACGUUUGGACGACUACUUAAACAGCCAGCUGCCCGAGGAAAUCGAUCACAACUCUGCAGAAACCAUCACUGUCUCCAAGAGGAAGUUUCUGGAUGGUGACCAUCUCACCUUAGCAGACUGCAACCUGUUGCCCAAGCUGCACGUCAUAAGGGUCGCUGCCAAGAAGUACUGCGAUUUUGAAAUUCCAGCCGAGUUCACAGGAGUCUGGAGGUACCUGGAAAACGCCUACGAACGGGAGGAGUUCAAACAAACGUGUCCAGCCGACAUCGAGAUUGAAAAGGCUUACUUGGGUGUUGCCAAGAGGAAAUAAAAACUCACAUUCCAUAAUGUUGUCCUGUUCUCACCCAACGUAACCCAAAUAGUGAUCUGUGGAGGGUGCUGUUGUCACAAGAAUGAGCUCUCCAGAUGAACCGGACACAUUCAGAACCUUGAGCUUAUAGCACGCCUUCACAGGUUUAUCUAUAGUUACUCACAGAUGAAAAAGACCCAGAGUGCAAUUUACUGUUGGUUGAUAUUUAGUUGAGUUAUUUUUUAUAGUGUAAAUAUAUAUAUAUAUAUUGAAUGAUUUUUAAGAAUGAAACAAUCAAAACACCUGCAUGUUUAUAUGCAUGUAUAUGACAGUUAAUGUUAGUGCAUUCCUCUGAUCUGAUGAAGUCUAGCAACCACACUAUUAAUGUUUCUCAUCUCAAUAUUUUGAUAUCAUUCUGCAAGCAAAUAAAACCAGAUGACUAGCUAUAGACGCUGUUUCAGAUAUUCUAGUAUAUUUUCAGUCACAAAAAAAGACGAUUUUACAGGUUUAAAAAUAUAUUCUCUUUUUUUUAUCUGGCACAACAUAUGCAUGUAAUUUGAUGAGAAAGAAAAGAAUAACAAUGAAGAGUGGAAACAUUUCUCAAAGCUGGGGACCUCUGACCUCCGCCUGCUGGGCUCUAGUUGGUCACACAGUAUUUCCAGAAACACGCUGGAAACAGAAAAACCAAUCAGGUUAAUCACAGGAAGCAGAGAAGUGAUAUAUUUACGUGAUAAAAAUUCAGUUUCAGUGCUUUAGCAGAGCCUCCUCAGUUAUAAAAGAUUUGAUUUAAAUAAAUCUAUUUGAAAAUGCUGCCAUUUUAUAGCAUGGGUAAAACACAUUUGAUGUCAAAAUCACUUCUAAGGUGAAGAAUUUUACAGAUUAUCUUAAAGAUUUAUUUUGUGUCUGCUUGUUAUAGGCAUCUUCAUAACGAAAUACAUUUUUACAGCCUCUUCCAGCUUAUCAGGAACUAAAAACAGUUCAUAUUCUGAGAAUAAACCAUUUAUAUUUAUAUUUGAAAAGAAAUGUUUUGGGAUCUAUUUCAAUCUCUACCGUCCAGUUUCUGUGCCCUAUUAGCAAUACAAUUCUUAAGUUCCAUUUCAGUGGGAUAUUGCACCUUAUUGUAUCAGACUUGAUCUGUUUGAUUUGGUUGAUAACUAAAGCUUGUGGGGUGGAUCAGAACAAAAUGGUGCUAAAAGGAAUAAAUGUUUGAACAAUAAAAGGUAUCAAAUGAA